AUGAAUGCAACAGAAGAAAUAUUUAUGAUAAAUGCUAUUCCGAGCUCUAGUCAACCGUCAACUUCCACACAAAAGCUAGGCGAGCUGGUAUUAUCAGGCGGCCCACAAGUUAACCUUGAAAAUGUGAAAGACUUCUCCCAUGUAUGUCGGACAUGUGCCACUAUCACAGAGUUCGUAAUCCCAAUAUUUGCUGGAGAGGGCCUGCAGAACAACCUGGCUGACAAAAUACACAAGCACUUACCCAUACAGGUGUGUGUGGAGGACAGGUUGCCGCAGGUGGUGUGCUACCAGUGCAGCAGUACGCUGCUGGCCUGGCACGAGCUCGUGCAGUGCUGUCUGCACGCCGACACCGCCCUGCGCGCCAGGCUCGCCUCCGACACGCUACAGGAACCUAAAACAUCAAAUGUCAUAUCAAACUCUAUAGAAAAUGAAGCGCAACCCAAGUCGUUAUACAUUAUCGUCAAAAGCGUUCUCGUUGACCACUUUCAUAACAUUGUGGAUGAAGAAGAUUUGGAUGUGGAGUUUGUUUGCCAGAAAUGUGUGGACCAGCCGAGGCUGCCCACCGUGCGCGGCCUGGCCCAGCACAUACAGCGCGAGCACGGCCCGGGGGGGUCCCACACGCACGACUCUGUCAAAACAUUCAUCACCGAGAACAUUACAUUCGAACAAGCGCUAGCGCCAAACGAUUCCGACACAGAGAUACAGGCGACUGCAGAAAAGUUGAAACCACAGACAGACAAGAAUAAGAAGACAUCCCAGGCUGCGGCAGCUACCCUUUACUGCCCGUACUGCCCCGGCGUGUUCUCGAGCGCAACGCGGCUCGUGCACCACCUCAACAAGCACGUACAGGUCAGCAUGGCGGCCGGGGUACUGUGCUGCGACCUGCUCUACCACGACAAGAAACUCUUCGUCAAACACUUGCAGGAAGCACACAUCGAUCGAGACGAUGCGACCCGGGAAGCGCUCAUCCAGGUCACUUGUGGUAGUUGUGGUUACAUCACUGAUCACGUCGACAAAUUAAAGAACACUGCGCAAGUACGCAUGAAAAGAUAAAAAAUAAAAAAGUCAAGAAAGUAGAAAAUCCCGACAACCAGAAACUCAUCCCAGCAGUGUGCCCCGAGUGCAACAAGACGUUCUCAAACAAGUACAACAUGUUCGUGCACAUGCGCUGUCACUCCAGCGCCAAGCUGUACACGUGCGAUGUAUGCUCCAAGACGUACAGCUCGCAGACCAACCUCAACACGCACAAGAAGGUCGUGCACCAAGGGAAGCUGGACUUCACUUGCUCUGUCUGCAAGGAUGCAUUCGGCACGCGACUGGAGCGCGACGUGCACGCGCGCAUACACAGCGGGGAGACUCCGUACAAGUGCGAGGACUGCGGCAAGGCCUACCGCGCCAAGAACACGCUCAAUCGCCACAUGGAGAUACAUCUAGGCAUAAAGAAACACGAAUGCGCCAUCUGCUCCAAAAAGUUUCGGAGGAAGAGUCAUUUGGACCGGCAUAUAGAGACGCACAUGAAGUAA